CAGAGGAGGGCGCUACCUCGAUACAUUGAAUGCAAAUUGCUCCACUUCGUAGAAGAAGACGUUAGCCGCAGUACAGAUCUAAGAGGAAAAAACACCCGUCGAGUUAUGUCACGUCAAACGUGAUGACCGAGUUUACUCCGAAGACCCUGGGCAGAAAUAUGAACAUCAGCUGACAAAAACACACGUUCAUUUUUAUCUCGGUCGCGAUGAGCGUCCGCUGUCUCUUCUCCCCCGCUGCCCGGAGCUUCAUCCAGCUGAGCCCCGCCGCGGGUCUCCUCUGCGGGCGGCUUCCAGGUCGCAGCUCGGCGACGAGAAGAAGCAUGUCCUCCCAAAGGCAAAUGGACCAUUUAGAGAGAACAUUGAGCAACUUCAGACAAAAUGCUCUGUAUCCAGCUCAAGUUUGUGGCAUUGUGGACGAGUCGGAGACGGUGAAACGCUUGAGGAUUGCCGUCCACCCGGAUUUCAGCUUUAAAGCGGGACAGUGGGUGGAUUUCUUCAUCCCUGGUGUGGAGACGGUGGGAGGUUUCUCCAUGUGCUCCAGCCCGGGUUUGCUGCAGAAGGAGGGCGUUGUUGAAUUGGCCGUCAAAUACACCAAACACCCUCCGGCCCACUGGAUCCACUCAGCGUGCACGGUUGGCUCCCGAGUGGCCCUGCGUGUGGGCGGGGACUUCUUCUUCAACCCGUCGCCCUCCGACCCCUCCGUGGACCUGCUGCUGGUGGCCGGCGGCGUGGGGAUCAACCCCUUGUACUCCAUCCUGUUGCACACGAGCGGCCUGCUGCAUCUCAACCACGCCUCCGGUGGGCGGGACUACAAGAUAGGCUCCGCCCACCUCUUCUACAGCGCCAAGAAUACCAACGAACUGCUCUUUAAGAGCUCCAUCAUCGAGGCGUGUCGCGAGUUCCCCGACAAGCUCUCCUGCGACCUCCACGUCACGCAGCAGGGCGCAGAUGUCGAAUCGCACCUCCAGCCAUUCGUCAGCCGCGGGAGGAUCACAGAAGAGGAGUUGCGGCGUCACGUGGACCCACAGAGGACUUUGUGUUACCUGUGCGGGCCCCGGCCCAUGAUCGAAGCGAUUUCGGACUCCCUCCUGGACUUUGGCCUCCCGAAAAACCGAAUCCUCUUCGAGAAGUGGUGGUAGAACGUUUUGCUGCGAGAUGGGAGACGGGGGGGGGGUGAAAUAUUCCAGCGAUGAGGAAGUUCUCCGUCCCACCUCUGCAGCCCGCGGUUGACCUGCGAUGCAAGCAGCUGACUCGCAGCAGACAGGAGAUGACUUUAAUCCCUUAUCGUCGGACUGUAAAAUCUCAAUUUAAGCAACACAGCCGCCAGCUCUCUGCUGAGUAUUACAAUACUGCAACUAUGUGUGUGUGACAUCAUUUCACAUCUGUUGCACAUCUUCAUGUCUAAUCUCAUUUGCAGCCUUUAUUUGCGCGACUGAGGUUUUGCUGAAACGAAUGUUGAUGAUGUUAAGUCUUAGCUGAGAAGCUAUGGCACUAAUACACCCAAGCAAGUCCUGAAGGAACAACGUGUACUUCCUUGCCAAGAGUAAGACGCUUGGUGUAGUGUCGGGCUGACGGGUCGUGGAUUAAUGGGGUGGUUUAUGUGCUAAACUAUAUUCAGGAAGUCUGUGCACCCAUAUGGGAAAUAGUCUGUCAGAGAACUCCCUGGAAAACUGCAGCACGGUAUUGUUUUUUUUCUAAUAAUGAGCUGUUGGUGGGUUUUGUGAUCUCCGAGCAGUCAGCUCGAACUUCCCAUUUAGCGACAGAUGUGAGAGUGGUAUUGAUCCGCUCAUCCGACUCUCGGCAGGAGAAUUAGGGCAAUUCCAAACUAAAAUUUGAAGUCACCAGUAAACCAGAUCAGUGCUAUUAUUUUUACACAACUGGUUCAUUUUCUUUCAUCAAAUGUAAUACUGUGUAUAUUUAUUUGCAGAA